AUGACACCGCCUCCGCCCGGAUGCGCCUCCCUCGGCGCCCCGCGCGCCCGCGUUCCCGGCCGGCUGGCUCGGUCUUGGCUCCUGCUGCAGCUGCUGCUGCUGCUCUGGACUGCCGCCGCCACCCAAGGCCACCAGAGGAGCGGACCCCGCAUCUCCGCUGUCUGGAAAGGCCGCGCAGGGCAGGACUGGGUGGACUUUGGCCUGGCUGAGCCUCACACGGUGCUUUUCCACGAGCCCGGCAGCUCCUCCGUGUGGGUGGGUGGACGUGGCAAGGUCUAUUUCUUCGACUUCCCCGAGGGCAAGAAUGCCUCCAUGCGCACGGUGAACAUUGGCUCCACGAAGGGGUCCUGCCUGGACAAGCGGGACUGUGAGAACUACAUCACGCUCUUGGAGAGGAAGGGUGAGGGGCUGCUCAUCUGUGGCACCAAUGCCCGGCGCCCCAGCUGUUGGAGUCUGGUGAACGGCACCGUGGAGUCGCUUGGUGAAAAGAGAGGCUAUGCCCCCUUCAGCCCAGAUGAGAACUCGCUGGUUCUGUUUGAUGGGGACGAAGUGUACUCCACAAUCCGGAAGCAGGAGUUCAACGGGAAGAUCCCUCGGUUCCGCCGCAUCCAGGGCGAGAUUGAGCUGUAUACCAGUGAUACCGUUAUGCAGAACCCCCAGUUCAUCAAGGCUACCAUUGUGCACCAAGACCAGGCCUAUGAUGACAAGAUCUACUACUUCUUCCGAGAGGACAAUCCCGACAAGAACCCCGAGGCUCCUCUCAAUGUGUCCCGUGUGGCCCAGCUCUGCAGGGGGGACCAGGGCGGCGAGAGUUCACUGUCGGUCUCCAAGUGGAACACCUUCCUGAAAGCCAUGCUGGUGUGCAGCGAUGUCGCCACCAACAAGAACUUCAACAGGCUGCAGGACGUCUUUCUGCUCCCUGACCCUAAUGGCCAGUGGAGGGACACGAGAGUCUAUGGUGUUUUCUCCAACCCUUGGAACUACUCAGCUGUCUGUGUGUACUCCCUUGGUGACAUUGACAAGGUCUUUCGUACUUCCUCACUCAAGGGCUACCAUUCGAGCCUUCCCAACCCUCGGCCUGGCAAGUGUCUCCCAGACCGGCAGCCCAUACCCACGGAGACCUUCCAGGUGGCUGACAGUCACCCUGAGGUGGCACAGAGAGUAGAGCCCAUGGGGCCUUUGAAGACGCCACUGUUCCACUCAAAGUACCACUACCAGAAAGUGGUUGUCCACCGCAUGCAGGCCAGCCGUGGGGAGACCUUCCACGUGCUUUACCUAACCACAGACAGGGGCACCAUCCACAAGGUGGUGGAGUCAGAGGAGCGGGAACGCAGCCUUGCCUUCAACAUCAUGGAGAUCCAACCCUUUCACCACCCGGCCGCCAUCCAGGCCAUGUCGCUGGACGCUGAGCGGCGGAAGCUGUAUGUGAGCUCCCAGUGGGAGGUGAGCCAGGUGCCCCUGGACCUGUCCAGCAGAGGAGGAUACAGUCUGCCCUGGGAGCCCUCGGCCUCUCCUCACGGCUGCCUCCCCCGUCCCUCUCCAGACAGGGCCCCACUGCAGAAGGUUUCCCUGGCUCGGAACUCUCGUUACUACCUGAGCUGCCCCAUGGAGUCCCGUCAUGCCACCUACUCAUGGCGCCACGAGGAGAACGUGGAGCAGAGCUGCGAGCCAGGCCAUCAGAGCCCCAACUGCAUCCUGUUCAUCGAGAACCUCACAGCCCGCCAGUAUGGCCACUACCACUGCGAGGCCCAGGAGGGCUCCUACCUCCGUGAGGCUCAGCACUGGGAGCUGCUGCCCGAUGACGGCGCCAUGGCCGAGCACCUGCUGGGUGGGGCCCGGGCCCUGGCCGCCUCCCUCUGGCUGGGCGUCCUGCCCACGCUCACUCUCGGCCUGCUGGUCCACUAA